UUCAGAACCAAUACAAAUAAUACAAAUAUAGAGAAAUGGCUGAUGAAGAUAAGAAAAAUGAUAAAAAUCAAAUAGAAGAAUUGUAUGCGUGGAUCUCUACGAUUCCACUUUCAAAACCAACAAAGAAUUUAUCUAGAGACCUUUCCGAUGCUGGUAGUUACAAAACGAUUUUGUUAAAAACUCUUGAUUCUUUCUAUUUAGACUUCUAUUUUUUCAAUUUCUUAUAAUUUAAAAAAUAACUAAGAAAAAUAUCCCUUAGUAAUAAUAGCGGAAAUCCUUAAAAUAUAUUAUCCCCGUUAUGUUGAUCUUCAUAAUUAUGUGCCUGCCAAUAGUAUAACAAUGAAGAAAGAAAAUUGGAAAAUAUUAAAUCGAAAAGUACUAAGUAAAAUUCAUAUGAAAUUAAAUAAAAAUAUUAUCAAUCAAUUAGCAAAUUGUCAUCCUGGAACCGCUGAAUAUGUCUUAUUGGAAUUGAAAAAGAAAGUUCUAAAAGAUUUUGAGAAUCUGUCGUUCAAAGAAAAUGAUUUUAUCGAAGAAGGUAAAAAUUAAAUGAAAUAAGAAAGAACAAGGCGAUUGAUAAGAAUUCCAUCAUAAUAUUUUCAAAGCGUGAUACUUUAUUUAGAAAAAGUGGACACAGAUGGAAUAAAAACGAUAUCAAACAAAUCAUUGCCAAAUGUUGAUCAAUUAACCUUGGAACGUAUUGAUCGUAAAACAUCGAUAUUUUAUCAAAUAAAAGAAAAAUCCUAUUUUAUCUUGAAAUGGUUUAUAAAUUGGUUAUGCUUUUGGAAUUAUCUUCAAAAUAUUAUAUUCCGAUUAAAGAAUCCUUUCCAAAGUUCGUGUAAGUUGAACGUAUAUUUAAGAAAAUAUCUUUUAAAAAAUGUGUACAAUUAUAAAAUGAAUGGAACACAUUAAAAAAUAAAAUUAAAAUUUUAAUUUUUAAAAUAUGUCAAGUAUGAUGAAUUCUUUUAAGGAACAAAUUUCGACAAAUAUUUUCUUCGUGUCUGUUGAAGUGAAAGAAGAUGCCGAGACGCAAAGAACGUCAGAGGAUAUCAACGGGGAAGAUGGUGUUCCACGUCACGUCUGCAUGCAAUUAAGACAAAAACUUCAAGAGAUUGACGACAUUAUCUACACGUUAAAUCACAAGGUUGCAUAUCUAGAGAGUACGAUGAAGCUGAAAGACAUGAGAAUAUCAAAUCUAACAUCGCAGAUCUUGCUGCACAAUGAAGAAUCUAAGCCACAAUUUACAAAAGUUGAAACGAACGAAACGUCAUCUAAAAUUCGAGUGCAAAAUAUCGAGGAGAAAGUAAAAAUAGAAAAAUAAUGUCCAAUAAAUCCCAUAGUAAAUAAAUAUCAUAGAACUAAACACAAUACUUAUCUAUCUAGUUUUAAUUAUACUUAUUUGAAUUUUUAUA